AUGGCCCUCCUGGCUCGCACCCUGGCACUGCUGGCAAUGGCCGUGGUCACCGUGGCCAUCAAGGUGGUGCCCCUGGACAUGGCCCAGGACUCCUUCGAUGACCAGUACCGAGGCUGUGGCCCUGCCAUGACCAAGGCGUUUCCGGCCCUCUACAAAUUUGAGUUUCAGAAGAAUCCUCUCUUUGCCAAGACCUGGGUGAAGGCUGAGGCUGAGUGGCGCAAGCGGGGCUCCCAUGUGUUCCCUCUGGCGUCCCCAGCCCAGGCCGUGGCUGUCAUGGCCUACUCAACGAAGGACAUUUACAAGGGCUUCAAUAAGGCUGUGCGUGCGGCUGGGCUCUCCCGCCAGGAAUACCAGAACAACUUCCACUUCAAAACGCUGCAUUUCCUCCUGACCCAGGCUCUGGUGACACUGAGGCAGGCACAGAACGGGCAGUGUCGCCAUGUGUUCCGGGGCGUGCGUGACAUUCAUUUCCAGGCUCGGCGUGGCCAGAGGGUCCGGUUUGGUCAGUUCACAUCGACGUCGCCGCGUAAAGAGAUUGCUCUGCGAUUUGGGACAGACACGAUAUUCCAAGUGCAGACAUGCCAUGGUGUGGACAUCCGGCAGUUCUCCAUGUAUCCAGCGGAGGAAGAGGUGUUGAUCCCUCCCUUCGAGACCUUUCAUGUUACCCAAGUCAUCUGGGAUGGGAAGAGGACACAGAUUUGGCUCCGCUCCGCCGGGACCUUCAGCAAAUACAACUGCGCGUGGCUGUGA